AUGAGAACUUCCCUGUGCUUGCUGUUACAUGUCGGGAGUCAUUUCAGUGCAGCUAUAGAGAGGGGCUCAACAGGGUCGGGAUAUCUAUACCUAGUAUUACAAGGGCUCGUCGUCCCUGGCGCGCUACCAAUGCAACGGCUUCUCAUUGGCCGUGAUUUCCGCACAUCUCUUUUCCCUCGAGAACGGGACAGGCAUAGGCGCCGAAAACAGGAAGCAGUUAUGCUUCUACGGUUUCAAAUCUGGGCGGGGACGCGAUGCGUACGACGGGCACCGAUGGAGGCCGGAUAA